AUGGGCUUCGGUUGUCGCACUGGCUGCAUCUGUGAAAAAUGGAAGUACAAUUGCACCAACGCAGGCUUGAGAGACGUUCCAUCUGAACUCCCACCUAUUACCCGGGAGCUCAUCUUGAUUAAAAACCAUAUCAGGAUAUUGCCACCCUUAGAGAUGACCUGUCUCAAUGAACUGGUCUACCUGGAUUGCAGCCACAAUGAGAUCUUCAUCAACCGGGAGUACAAGUUUCCUUGGAUGGAAAAGCUGACGUACCUGGACUUGAGUUUCAACAAAAUAAUGUAUGUGAGCACCUGGACGUUCUCCAGGCUGACCGUUCUGUUGUUCCUGAAUAUCUCCCACAAUCCAUACCUGACGACGGUUGUGGAACAAUCCUUCACUUUCAAUCACUUGUUGAGAUACGUGGAUAUCAGUGCCUGUAAUGUGAGCUACCUUAGCCCUAAUCUUUUCCGAGAUCAGCAUAACCUUCAUACUUUGGGGUUAAUAGGUAACCCCUUUCAAUGUGACUGUGAAUUAUUAGAAUUUAUCAACUGGCUGCUGAAACCAAAAGUGAACUGGCAAAUAUUAGAUCCUGAUGCUACUACUUGCCAUGGACCAGAAGAAGAAUUAAAAGGUGCGCCACUCCUGAGGACAGAACAAUUUCUCCAUGCUAAAUGCCUUCCUCAUUAUGAAUCGAAAGAUCACAUCAUGAAUGCUGUGCUUACCUGCGCCUUCUUUGCAGGAGGAGCUAUAGCAGCUUGGCUGUUGGGGGUAAUCUCUGUGUUAUAUUACCACCCCAUAUAUAAGACAGAGGAUGAUUCAGAUGAGCAAGAGUACAGAAGGAUAUAGAGUCUCUUGAGUCUUUUGAGUCUCUUGGAAGUAUCAACAUAUCAUGUAACAUUG